CUGCAAUUUCAGGUCACAUAUGCUCUUUCACUACUAGAUGCUUUACUAUAUACACACUACAUCUCAGUAAUUGUCUUGGAACUACGACGAAUACGUCAGGAAUACAUUGUCACCAUUGUUCGAGAUCCUGAUGGAGAGUCAAAGGACGAUGCCCAUUGGUUCGUUUUGUUCAUAUGUAUGAUGUCAUUACAAGAGGCAGCCAUUCAAGUUCUACGCUUUCACGAAACGCACUUCCCAUCUUAUAAUGUUUUUCUUGAUAGAGCACGCCAAUCCAGUCACCGCCUCCGAAAUAUUUCACAACCGCCAGGUUUCAAAAUGUACGAUAUUGAAGGGAUUGGGGGAGGAACGACAGAAAUCAGCCAGAGUAACUUACGCGCUCUCAUGGAGGCGACCUCCAGGCGCCGUAACACCAAUCAUAACGAUAUUCUUCAAGAAGAGUGCGAAUGGGAGAGACGAAUAAAGAAGCGAAAGUAUCGUCUGAUCGCUUCAGCAGAGGAGGCAUUUGCUCAAGUGCAAAGUAUCGUCGAUAAUCAAGUAGGAAAUAAGAAUUUCUGUGAUGCCAUGGAUUCAACGACGGCAGCUCAGGGCGUUUUUGCAUGUAUAAUGCGUCCAUUGAAC